AGCUACCCGGAAGCUAAAUCAUGGAAAUCACUUGUUGUUAUCGAGCAGAAAGUAGCUCGUCUACUUGCUAGCUGUAUAUCAUAAUGAUAUUGUCAAGGCGGUUGUUUGUAUUCUAUUCAUUUGAUAAUCUUCUCUUAAAAAUCUAUAUUUUGGAACUGUAACUCAUUGUUUUGAUUUAGUUGUCUGACGUUCUGUCAAGUUCGUCUUGCUAGCUAACGCCGCUAGCUAACGUUAGUUAGCUAACUUUAGUUCCGAAUGACAGGGACAGCCAUAUUUUCCAGGCUGUAUGAAGGCGUUUGAAAAAACUUUAGAACAAAAUGGAUUGCACGGCACUGGAGCACGAUGGAGUUAAAUUUGCUAAAACUGCUGUCAUCUGCGACCAGAAUGGAAAAUACAACGAGGCUGUCUUCUAUUAUAAGGAGGCGGCACAAGCCCUGAUCUACGCCGGCAUGGCAGGGUCUAAACUGGAGGGCAUCCAGGAUAAAGUCAAUGAGUACCUGGACCGGGUUCAGGCCCUGCACAAUGCUGUUCAAGCUCAAAGUAGCGAUCCUCUGAAGAGCAAGCAGCAGGUGGAUCUGGAGCGGGCCCACUUCCUGGUCACCCAGGCCUUUGAGGAGGAUGAGAAGGGCAAUGGGGACGAGGCCAUCGAGCUCUACACACAGGCCGUGGAACUCUGCAUCCAGACGUCUCAUGAUACGACAGACCAGGGGCUGCAGGGCAAACUGAAGCAGCUGGCUCGUCAGGCCCUCGAUAGGGCGGAGGGGCUGAAGGAGUCCCAGUCCGCCAGUCCCUUAGCCCAGUCACCACAGGACAGGCCGGGGCCCUCAGGGGCCAAACCUAGUGGGGGGCCUUGCCCCGUCAGACAGUUCUUCCCCCUUGGACCUGACUUCUCCCUCCAGAACCGUCCCCAGCCAGUCAGGCCGGUCCAGUCCAGCGAGCCUCAGGGUCAGCGCUACACCUCAGAAGAGAUCGAGGUGCUCAGGAGCACGUCCAAGAUCAACAGCAUACCCUUCGUCCCCUUCAUGAGCGUGGACCUGAAGGAGAGAUUUGCCUUUCCUGUUCCAUUCUCGGACAAACUAGGCAAGCUGGCCCUGUCUCCCAAGCAGAGAACCAUCUUCUCCCGCUGGGUUCGCCCUGACGAGAUCUGCAAUAACCCCACCAUGAUCUUAUCUGUAUCCAGCUUUAGCAUCAAACAGACGGUGGUGUCUGACUGCUCGUUCGUGGCGUCGUUAGCCAUCAGCGCUGCCUAUGAGCGACGCUACAACAAGAAGCUCAUCACCAGCAUCAUCUACCCCCAGAACCGGCGCGGGGAGCCAGAGUAUAAUCCCUGUGGGAAGUACAUGGUGAAGCUUCACAUCAACGGUGUGCCCAGAAAGGUCAUUAUAGACGACUUCCUGCCAUGUGGUCAGAAUGGAGAGCUGCUGUGUUCGUACUCCAGCAACAGGAACGAGCUGUGGGUCUCCCUCAUAGAGAAGGCCUACAUGAAGGUCAUGGGAGGCUACGACUUCCCCGGCUCCAACUCGAACAUCGAUCUGCACGCACUCACUGGCUGGAUCCCAGAGCGUAUCGCCAUGCAUUCAGACAAUCAGUCAUUCAUCAAGGACGACACCUUCCGCAUGCUCUACCAGAGGUUUCACCGGGGCGAUGUCCUAAUCACCACGGCAACGGGGGUGAUGACAGAGGAGGAGGGCGAGAGGUGGGGCCUUGUGCCAACGCAUGCCUACGCUGUCCUGGAUAUCCGGGAGCACAAAGGGAAGCGAUUCCUGCAGCUGAAGAACCCGUGGAGCCACCUGAGGUGGAAAGGCCGCUUCAGUGAACGGGACGAGAAAAACUGGACCCCAGAACUUCUCAAAUACCUCAACUUCGACCCCAAGACCGCACAGAAGUUUGAUAACGGUGUGUUCUGGAUCACGUUUGAGGACCUGUGCCAGUACUAUGAUGUCAUCUACCUGAGCUGGAGCCCUGCCCUGUUCAGAGAGUCUUCCUGUAUCCACAGUACCUGGGAUGGGAAGCAGGGCCCGGUGAAGGAUGCCUACAGCCUGGCCAACAACCCUCAGUACCGGCUGGAGGUGACCUGUCCUGCAGGGGGCACCGCUGUCUGGGUGCUGCUGACCAGACACAUCACUGACAAGGAUGACUUUGCACAAAACAGGGAGUUCAUCACCUUGGUGGUUUACAAGACAGAGGGAAAGAAAGUUUACUACCCUGCGGACCCUCCCCCCUACAUAGAUGGGAUCAGGAUCAACAGCCCCCACUACCUGACCAAGAUGAGACUAACCAGCGCUGGAACACACACCUUCACACUGGUGGUGUCACAGUACGAGAAGCAGAACACCAUCAACUACACCUUGAGGGUGUACUCUGGAUGCAAGUUCUCCUUCUCCAAGAUCCCAACGCCCUUCACUCAUACCAAACGGAUCAAUGGCCAGUGGAAGGGGCCGAGUGCGGGGGGCUGUGGGAACUACAAGGACUCGUACAAGCACAACCCAAUCUACCAGUUUAACCUGGAGCGCCCAGGGCCCAUGCUCAUAGAGCUACGAGGCUCCAGGCAGUACAGUGUGGGCUUUGAGAUGGUGACUGUGUCCACUGUAGUAGAGCCAGGACCUGCAGGCCACCCGAAGAAGAACAGUGGAGACUACAGGUGUGGUUUCUGCUACAUGGAGGCGGACCAUGUCCCUGCUGGCAUCUACAACGUCAUCCCCACCACCUUCCUGCCCAAACAGGAAGGACCCUUCUUCCUGGACUUCAGCAGCGUCACGUCCCUAAAGGUCUCCCAGCUCCAGUAAGGAGAGGGGGGGAAGGAUUCAGGUGUGACACCAGGAAUAACUUGCACACAGCAUGGACACUCACUGUUCCCUAAACUCUAGGUGGAACUUGUUAUGACUGCAGGAGGACCCAAAAGAGACUGAUUUAUUUUAUUAUUAUCAAGGGUAUUUGGAAAGGGACAAGUUUUUGGUAUGGAACCUAGCCCUCUAUGUGCUGAGGGGUGUGCAUGUUGGAGGUGCUCCUUUGCCAUAAUGACAGAUACAGUAAAUGAUGUCACAACAACUAUGGCCCUUCUGAUUUUCAAUGUUCAAUUACUUGGCGCUUGUUGACCACCAGUCUAGGUACUCAAGAGGCAGUGCUGGUAUUUACCAACAACGAAGGGUGAUGUUCUCAACUGCAACCGCUACUGUCUUUUUCUCAGGAGACCGCACCACGACAGGGAUUUCUCUGUUGCACAGGACUAAUCUCUGGCAUCUAUAAGGAUGCGUGACACAGGCAUGCAGGACGUGUGUGUGGUUGCAAAAUUCUAGGAACUUUCAAUACAUUCCCUGGUUUUCCAGAUUCCUUGAAUCUUCCAACUGGGAUUUAGGGAAGACCAAGGAAUUUAUAAGUUCCUGGAAUUUUGCAUGUGUGUACUCACAUGGAAUAUGACAUUUGAAACGUAUCGCCAAUCUUCAGUCGCUUGUUUACGCUUCAGCAAGGACUUGAACACUUCACAGCGGUUUCUCCUUCUCUGUUAACAUUUUGUCAAACAGGCAAGACUGCUAGUGGCUUUGUCCUUUUCUGGACAAUUACUGUAAAGUGUCAAUGCUAUACAGUCUCGUGGACAAGACCCACUCCUCAAACAUACUUUAUUUUUUACAAAGGUAAGCAUGGACUUACUAGAAGAGUCACCUGUAUCAUGUAGACUUAUUUUGCAUUAGCAAAAUGGCUGCUCUUUGUCGUUUCAUUCUUCUUUACAUAGAAUUACAUUUCUGUUUUCUUCCCCCUCCAGUGACUGUUAAAAAACGGCAACUAUUGCUGCUGUUGCCACUUAUGUCAAAUGCAAUAGUCUUGUAUGAUUUUUGCUUAACUUGCACUAAAUGUGGAAUGAUGUAUUCAAACAUGGCAUUGAAGGAAAUCAGAAAAUGUGUUGUGUGUGUUGGUGAAGAUCUGGCCUCUCUCCUGUCUGAGAGCAUUUGAAAACAGAGUGUGUUGCGUGGGCAGCAGCUGGUCACAACCUCUAAUGAGAAUCACAGGACAGAGAGACCAACUACCAGACCUGAGGGAUCUGGAGAGGUAGAGGAGAAACAGACAGUGCAGUAAAGAGGGAGAGAACAAAACAAUUGUUUAGGUAAAAGGCAGGAAUUUAACCCCAGAGCCAGAUUUGGCAACUGACAAAUACUGCUAAGUCAAGUGUCUGACAAACGAAAGGAAAGCAAAUAUGAAGAGAAAUCUGAAAACCAGUUUAACUUUUGUUAGUGUGAACAGGAUCCUAUAAUCUAGGUCUGUGCUGCCUUGCCACCAAAGAUCUUCACUUGGCUUAGCCGUGGCUAAUGUCAAACCUGCUAACAUUCUGAAACCUGUAGCCCUACAGUCAGCAGCACACGGCUUCCCAAUGGGGAAUCCCAGCACGAGUCUGGUACUUUUCUACUGUGGUUAAUCAUGUUAAGGUUUGCCAAUGAGGAGCCAGGGUGAUGUAAACAACCUGCAAGAAAACAAUGAUCUGAUAGUUAUUUUUUUGUUGCAAUAGGCUAUCUGCAGCGAUUCAAUAACUCUUUUGACAAUGUCAGCAAGACCAAGAAAAUAUCAGUAUAGCUCAUUUGGAGUCAGAAUGGCUACAGGCUAGUCAAUUACUGUAUAGGCUUCUGACAGACAUGUUUUUAUAGAAUAACUUUUAAAUCUACCUAGAAUUUGGGUCAAUGGGUCAUUUAACCAAAUAAGACCUUGAGUUUGGUUGACCGAAGAAUUGCAGGCUAGUGAGGAAAAAAAACAAGUUGAUCUACAUUUGUAUAGAACUUCAGAAAUGAACAAAGGCUUACUGCAGUGAACAUCAGUUUAUUUUCAGAAAACAGGCACAUAAACUGUGGAGACACAAUGGAAAGUUACUCUUACAACACCCACUGGAAGAAAACGGCUAUGACAGGGACUGUUCAUGGUUAUAUCCUUAUAUUCCACAGCGAAGGGUGACAGAGAUAAACAUCGAAAUCACAUUACAUUUGUACAUGUACAGUACAUACACAGACUGUAGCAAUCACAAUAACAAAUAGACUGCAUACGCUUGUGCAAUAGCUUGCUUUUCUCAUAACUCAGUGGCCAUGGAGCAUAAGGAGACCAGGAGAGGAAGACAAUUUAACACUAUUUGAGACAGACGACUAGACCUCACAAACAUCUGACAGUCUACUGUGUGCCACUUUAGCCAAUAUGGAUCUACAACUUACAGUAGCUGAUACUGUCACCAGAAAUCACAACACUCACUAUUAAUUAUUCUGUCAGUUUCCACAAAAGGCCUCAUCGUUCUUCACCAUCAUCAGUUUCACUUUAUCCUCAAGAUUGGUCCAAGACAAAACCAUCCUCAGAUUCUGAGAAUUACCAGGCUGUCCAUUUGCAUUCCGUUACAGAAAACACUAUAUGAAAGUGUCCAUGAGCAGAUAUGGUUAUCAAAAGUUCUGUUCUUGCGCUAUUGCUCAGUUCUUAGUGUUACCGUCUGUGGGUGGAUGUUGUCCCUCAGUACAGGGCCAUUGGGGAUGCCAUGACAGGGAGAUGGAUGGAAGGAGGGCUAGGGGUGACAGUGUCUGGAGGCCCAUUUCCCUGGCACCGAAGAACCACAGGAUGGAAGGAACCAGGAGGAAGAGGGGAGGGUAUAUCUACUGUAGCCUCACCCCACACAAUUAUUCUACUCUCGUUCAAUCAGUUUCCAAGUCCAGCUUUAUGUGUACUGUAGGCGAGAUGGAUUGUUAGCUCACUGGGAAAUUAGUUGUGCAAUAGAAUACAGUUAUUUUAAGUCCAAUUCUGAAGACCCCUAUUGGACAAAUGCACAGGCUGUCCGAAGAGAUGCCAGCCAGGGGGUGUUUGGUCUCCAUGGUAACAUGAAGCAGUUGCCAUAGGCUCUAUAGGCCGUACACAGGAUUACAUAAUGGUGAGCGUAUUCACAUGUCAAGUAUCUGUGAGAGGAUGUAGCAGAGUAAUAUUACAAGUUAUGAGGGUUAUUCACAAAACUUCAACUCUGUAAAAUGUACUUGUUUCUUUUUAGAAAUCCUGACUUUAAA